AUGAAGAUAUAUAUUGUGCUCUUAGCACUAAUAACCUUUGUUGCAGCUGCUAAUUGCAGCAACUUCAACCAGGAUUUCGACAUCACCUGGGGAGACGGACGUGCGAAAAUAUUAAACAACGGGCAGCUUCUCACGCUGUCCUUAGACAAGACCUCCGGCUCGGGGUUUAGGUCCAAGAAGCAGUAUAUGUUCGGGAAAAUCGACCUGCAGAUAAAGCUCGUCCCGGGCAAUUCUGCUGGCACGGUUACUACAUAUUAUUUAUCUUCGUUGGGACCGAAUCACGACGAGAUCGACUUUGAGUUUCUCGGGAACCUAAGCGGACAACCGUACACGCUCCACACAAAUGUAUUCGCACAGGGAAAAGGCGAUCGAGAACAACAGUUUCGCCUGUGGUUUGAUCCUACAAAGGGUUUCCACACCUACUCCAUCCUAUGGAACCCUCAGAGCAUCAUAUUCUCAGUAGACGGUACUCCCAUCAGACAAUUCAAGAACCUUGAGUCCAAAGGCGUACCGUAUCCAAAGAACCAGCCCAUGUGGGUAUACUCGAGCCUUUGGAACGCGGACGAUUGGGCCACAAGAGGUGGACUCGUGAAGACUGAUUGGAGCCAGGCCCCUUUCACGGCCUCAUACACAAACUUCAAUGCAUUGGCCUGUGCAGGUGCCACCAGCUCUUGCUCGUCGGCCAAUUCUUGGUUCUCACAGUCACUGGAUUUCAAUGGUCAGCAGAGAAUAAAAUGGGUGCAGAAAAACUACAUGACUUACAACUACUGCACGGACACUAAGCGCUAUCCGCACGGGUUCCCGAUUGAGUGCUCCGCUGCAUGA